AGAAAGAACUUGUUCACUGUUUGUGAGGUUUAGCGCAGCUCAGUAUACCGUCAUGGCUGCAACAACUUCUGCUUCUGCGUUUCGCUUAGUACCAUCUUCAUUCGAAAUCAGAAGCCAUAACAAUAAUAACUUUCCAACAUCUAAAUCAUUUAACAUCCGUUUCCCUCGCCGUAAAAACAGCUUAUGCGUUUCUGCUUCCGUUUCUAUUUCUAACACUGAUGUCCGAACAGGUCCUAAUGAUCUUGUAGCUUCUCUUCUUUCAAAGGUGGUGCAAACAGAUGGAGGAGUUUUACUUCAAAAGGAAGAACACAAAGAGGUGGCUGAAGUAGUUCAGGAAUUGCAAAAGUAUUGUGUGAAAGAGCCGGUGAAAUGCCCUUUAAUAUUUGGAGAGUGGGAUGUGGUGUACUGUUCACAGCCAACAUCACCUGGAGGCGGGUACCGGAGUGCAUUGGGCAGAGUUUUUUUUAAAACAAAGGAAAUGGUUCAGGUUGUUGAAGCUCCUGAUGUUGUGAGAAACAAAAUCGCGUUUACUGCUUUAGGCUUUUUGGAUGGAGAGGUUUCUCUAAAAGGAACACUCAAAGCUCUAGAUACUGAAUGGAUUCAAGUUGUAUUUGAAGCGCCUGAAUUGAAGUUAGGAUCAUGGAAAGGACAAUAUGGAGGUCAGAGUGAAGUUAAACUCCGAAUCACUUAUGUAGAUGAAAAAAUCAGGUUAGGAUUGGGAUCCAGAGGUUCGCUGUUUGUUUUUCGAAGAAUAUGAAUUUGGAUUCGAAUUCAAAUUCCUUUCAGGAAAAUUCUGGCAAGUUUGUAACUUGGCACAAAUUCAUGUAUAAUAUGAUUUUGUGAGUGUAUAUUUGUUAGAACUUAAAAAGAAAAAAACUUUCCAAGACAUCAUUACCCCUUGGCUGCAGAGUUUGUCUCAAAAUGCACUAGUAGGGUGCUAUAUUAUAGUUACAAAGUGGUGUAAAUGUGUAAUCAACUUGUUGUUCAGACAAAAAAAAUCUGACAAGAUUAUUUAAUUUAGGGAAUGCGAGGUAUGCUCUUUUUAUUUU